AUUAGGUAGUCAAACUCCAUUCAAGCUUCUAUAUCAAGCUCAUUUUGUACACACACAAGUUAAACCCAUAGCCCAAAAAACACAAAAAACUUUUGCCUUAUGCUGGACUCCCCCCUCUGAAGCUGGGACCACAAAAUUUACCAUCAAAGGCGGCAUCAUGUCAAAGGCCCUGGAAGGUGGCAAAUCAAGUGCAAUGGAGAGCACCAAGAAGCGAACUUCACAUAUCACACCCACUCACCGCCAGCUGGCAUACCUGGAUGAGCUCAAAACACACCUGCUCUUAAUGCGAGAGCGACAGGCGAUCUUUAUGGAACAAACGGCCAAAAUGCUAACCGGAAUCAGCUCCGUCAACAUGGUGGGUCAUGAGCCGACGGCUGAUGGAACCUCACCAUUGACGGAAGUGAACGAGGGUGAAGCCAGGAGUUCCCAGAGCAAUCCCAAUAUCAAACAGCUAAUCCAGAGAUUCGAGGAUCUACGCCAGAGCUCGCAGAAAUUUACCGAUUUGCCAGAUGUUCCCGAAGAGCUCAUCAACGUGGAUGUGCGUCGCAUCCUUCAAGGCUACGAAAAGCUGAUCGAGGAAGGCAACAUCAUUCAGCAGUCGUGGCUCCUGCUCAAGAAUUCCACUGAGACUUGUGUGCGUUUUGCCAACAAUGGUGUGUUUUUCGAAGACCAAGCCAAACCAAGUAAUCCAACCAAGACCAAAUUGAGAAUCGCAGAGGUUUCCGAUGUGGCAGCAAGGGGUAGUAUGCAGGUGAUCAUGUCGCCAGAUGAGGGUCGUAUGUCACAGGAUCCAAACGGUGGCCACGGUCCAGAGCUCUUGGACAAAGAUUGGGAGCUCUUUGAGGCCAAAAAGGGUGUCAAGAAUAGCUCCAAGAACCGUGGCCAUCCUCGUAUGGGACCCUUCCUGCGGCUCAUUUUCCGACUACUACCACUACAUUGUGGUAUUAAAUCCUCCAAGAAGCCGACCAAGAAAUGCUCUUCCACCUUGACUGUCAGAGUGCCUACCAAAAAGCCUGGAAAGACCAGAAUGCGCAGCCUGCUCCAGAAUCCAAUCACACAAAAUGCACAAGUAGAAAUGCAGACCUAAUCCCAUUCCAUACACCAAACUAAUACCCCUAAAAAUAUCCCAAUAAAACCCGCACACACCAAAAAACCCGCAUAAAUCAAUGGGCAACACCAGCCAUCAGCGUG